AUGCAUUUAACUUCGUUGAUUGUACUUUCUUUGGUGCCUUUCGUGUUAGCUGAUGAUUGGGACGACUUUACCAAUAACCUUGCGACGGACUUGGCACCUUUGAUUACUUUAUUCGGCGAACGACUCACCAAACAGUUCCUCUCAGAAUCCAUCAGCCUCGUUGAUAAUGUGAUUUUCGCACUCUCGCCGCUUGGAGUCUUGACAACCGUCGUAUCCCUCAUUCGAGUCUGCGGUGGAUCUUCUCUCCGUGCAUUUGUCGGACGUGCACAGGAAGGACCUGCAGAGGCCGAAAGCGAACUCCUUUCAUGUGUUUCAGAGUCCACCGCCGAGCUCUUCAACGAUAGUGGCAUUUCAAGAGUCUUCGGCCGACCAAAGGUCCUAGAAAUCGUGGCAUGGGAGAAUGAAGAUUCCAUAUCUGGGGAACGGUCCGUGGAAUAUGGGACUUUGCUUGAUGCAAUAACGAAAGGCGCGUGGUCGAUCAAAGGGACAGAUCGUUCGCUUGAAGACUGGUGUCAGAUCCCGAAUCUUUCUUUAAACAAAGGUAUCAAGAGGAGGAAUGAAGUUUGGUUCAUCUGUACUGUUGUGCUCGGUACUGCCCUGCAGAUAGGCGUCAUUGUUUAUGCUAUGAUUACGGUAUUCAUCUUUCCGAGCGACUUCAAGAAGGACGGAAAGGCUGUGCCAAGCUACGCUUUUCCUUUCUUUAUUAUUGGGUCGGCUUUCUUGUUCAUUGGCAUGUUUUCUUCUGCGAUCGUCAUCGAGCGAUCUUCGAAGGAAUACUCCAUCGAGCCCACGAAACCGAGUAAAUUAUACUGGCUUCAACCCGGUAACCAAAAUGUCGGUGACCAGGUAUUUGGUGCAUUUAUGGCCGUGGAAGAGGGUAUGAACUCUACAAUGACGAAAAACCUGCAAUAUAUCAAAUCGGUUCGCGACCAAAAUUUUAAGGUUCAAGAUUUAAAUAUCUACUUGACUGUUCUCUCUACAAUGUUUGGAUUUAUCAUUCAAUUUAUUGGACUCCGUGCACUUCACGCCUCCGUCAUUCUUGCCUCGUUGGGAGCCACACUCCUCAUGUCUAUCUUGCGAACGUGUCUUAGGACAGAGCGAAUGGCCCCAGAUGAGGACAAAUUGAAAAAUGACCGAGAGAUCACAUCUCAUAAAAAUCAAGAGUUGGAUUGCUUUGCAUUUUAUCUAGAGGAUGUUCGGUGUUUUGGCCUGAUUUCGUCUCCUCUGGACACGCCAGACAACUCAUCGCUUACGGGAACAGGGAAUACGGAGGCCUCCUUGGCUAAAAGACUGAUUGAGACUAGAGCCCGCUUGGCCCAGCUUACUUCCUGCUCAGAAGACGGCUUGAGCGUUGCAUGGGAAGGCAUGCCAAUUCGCAUAAUAGCCUACAGCCUGGCUAGAACCAUCGAGGCUACGAUGGACCUGAUGUCGAGCUGGGGAAUUGAUUUCGGCAAGUCUUUCGAAUUCCCGCUCGCCUUUGAAUGCAAGUCAGUAUCCACGAAGUCGGUAACUCCAUCAAGAACCACAUAUAUCAUCAACCUCGUGAGAUGCGGUGAUGCCCUCAGAUGGUGGAUAAAUCCCAAUGAGCUCGAGGCCAUUCUGGGUCUUUGGACUUGGUCCCUCUACAAGUCAAAGAAAGAAUGGCGUCGACCACUUAGUCGUCUUGUUGGGCUUGACGAAGCCCAGGCAGAAAAAGAGACGACGUAUCUCUACUUUUGUAAAUGGAUAUAUCGGCAAACAGAAGCAAGAAUGGUCUCAUUAACGACGAUUGACUCUUCACGCCGUCUUUUUGGAUUGGAGUCUAAUGGUCUUGCACACGGCAGGGAUAUCUUGGUUGUCAAGAGAGAGAACGACUUGGAAACAAUGGCAGCUCAGGACAUCUAUAUCCGUUUGCUUCAUAAUGUUUUCAGUCAACUUACCGAGCUUGGCGGAGAUGUUGAUAUGAGCGUGGGACUUCAGGGCACUUAUGUGGCCGUGAAUACGCGUAUCAACGAGCUGGUGCACUGCUUUGAGGGUUGCAAUCUAGGCUCCAGAGAAGACGCAUUGCUGUGCAUAGUUCCUGCUCUUGAGCAUAAUCAUAUAUUGCCCUCUUUGGCAGCCGAUUUCAUCAGUCUCAGAAACCGCACGGACAAAUUCGUUCAAAACAAUGACUGGGCACAAGCAUUUCGCCUUGUGGAAUGGAUCUGUCAGCGCUCUGUGGGCGUUGAAUUUGAAUUUUCCGUCUACGAAUUCGGAAAUCUCUGCCGUCGAGCACUGUUGACAAACGACAAGGUUGCACAACUAGAGGGGUUCAAGUACGUGACCAAUUUGCUCGAUUCAGAUCCUCGAACUAGUUUUCUUAAGUCACGAAAAGUGAACUUGUCCCAGUCUCAAGUGAAUCAACAAUGGUGGGACACUUUUUCCAAACAGCUGGGAUGGAUGGCAUGGAAUAUUUCGAUAAAUAGGCCAGGUAUGGACUGGGUGCAGCUCAAUCUCGAUAGUAUCAAUCUUGAUCACGACUUGGCUUCACCAUCUGGGGCAAGCCAUGGUACAGAAGAGACUAUGGCUGGCGUGCGCGCUAUGCAAGAAUGGCUCACAUUAGACCAUCUGGAUUUUGAACGCGGAACCACGGAUACAUCAGAUGUUUUAUGCUAUUCUUGGGCACGUCAGAGAGGAUUCAACGCUCUUUUGUACAUGUUUCUUGUGCGAUUGAUAGAGCUGGGAGGAGAAUGCCCGCCCCUCAUCCAGUACGCCUUCACCAUUGCAGCAAAAUGCCACUCAGGUUGGGGAGUUCAAGUCCUCCAGCGGCGCCAGGCCGAUAUUGAGACUCUCAACGCCAACAGAUUCUCAGCUUUGAUGGAAGCCGUUGUCCUCGAGGACCUUGGAGCCGUUCAAACGCUCCUUGCGAAUGGGGCGAACCCUAACGGAAACGAUAGAGUCCGGGACAAGAGACCAUUGAUCUUAGCUGCCAUGAAGGGGUAUCUUGAUAUUGUGAAAUUACUUCUUCUCUCAUACGACGCUACCUUGGAGGUGACUGAUUCUGUUGGGUUGUCUGCCUUGUACUGGGCAGUCAGUGAAAAUCAGGUGGAGACCGCUCGCUUCUUGCUCUCUCAUGGAGCAGAUAUCAACAGGGGUGUCGAUGGCUCUACACCUCUUCACUCCGCCAUAACAGGUGUUAUCACAGAGAAUCAAAUGGAGAUGAUUCACCUUGUCCUGGAGCAAGGUGCUAAUGUCAAUCCCGCCGAUGAAACCUCGAAUCUUCCGCUAAUGAGGGCGGCCAUUUCAUCAAAAGCCGACCUGGUUCGGCUCUUACUGUCUAAAGGAGCCGAUGCCCAUGCAAAAGAUGAUGAAGGCCUUACAGCACUGGACUGGGCGCGAAGGUGUGAUUGUGAAGAGACAGCGGCUAUUUUGGAGGAUGCCAUGGACCAUUAA